UCAACACUAAAAAUGAAAGAAAACAAGAAAAACCAAGAUAAAAUUUUCCGUUGAUUUGUUUUUUUUAGUAAAAAGCCAUCUAAAGUAAGCAUGGCUCACACACUUCUCCCCUAUUCGAAAUCAGUACUUACAAAAGCAAAAUGUUACAUUACACAGUCCUCAAAUGUGAAAAGUUUCGUCAGGAAUCUGAUGUCAAAACAGCUGGUUUACAAUGAAUUUGGAGAUCCACUACGAGUUGUGAAGUUGAGAGAGACCAGUGUACCACCUUUGGGCAGUCAGGAUGUGCUCGUGAGGAUGCUGGCUGCCCCGGUUAAUCCUGCUGAUAUUAAUACCAUACAAGGAAAGUAUCCAGUAAAAGUAAGUUUACCAAGUAUCCCUGGUAAUGAAGGUGUAGGGAUCGUUGAAGAAGUUGGAAAGGAUGUGGAACGUAUUACCUGUGGAAAUAAAGUUAUAGUUACCAAACCUCUGCAGGGUACUUGGAGGAACUAUGGGGUCUUCAAUAAGAAUGUGCUAAGAGUAGUCCCUGAUGAGUUAGGGGUAGUUGAGGCAGCCACACUCACUGUGAACCCAUGCACAGCUUACAGAAUGCUUAUGGAUUUUAUUGACAUCCAAGAUAAACAAGUUGUUAUUCAAAACGGAGCAAAUGGAGCUUGUGGCCAAAAUGUAAUUCAGCUAUGUAAAGCUUGGGGUGUCCAAAACAUAAAUAUUGUUAGAUGCAGACCUGAUAUAGACCAACUUAAAGCAUAUUUAACAACUUUGGGUGCUACACUAGUUCUGACUGAAGAGGAAUUGCGGAACACAUCAAUUUUCAAGGACAAGACAUUCCAAAAGCCCAAGUUAGCACUAAAUUGUGUUGGUGGAAAAAAUGCAUUGGAAAUAGUAAGACAUAUGGACCAUUCUGGAAAAAUGGUCACCUAUGGUGGGAUGUCUCGUGACCCUGUGACAAUUCCCACUUCAGCAUUUAUUUUUAAAAAUAUAUCUUUCCAUGGGUUCUGGAUGACUGCUUGGAAUGAGAAGGCCUCUCAAGUGGAGAAAGAUGCAAUGGUCCUUGAUAUUGUUAAACUGAUGUGUGAAAAUCGUUUGAAGGGACCAGUACAUAAAAUGGUGAAGUUAGAAGAAUAUGAAGGGGCAUUGGGAAAUGCUCUCUCCAGGCAGGGAUUUACAGGAUGUAAAAAUAUUUCCUUGCCAGCGUUACCUAGUGUUGGAGGCGAUGAAGGUAUUGGAGAAGUUGUUGAAAUUGGUGGGCUAGUUUGUAGAGUUGUCCCUGGCCAACGUGUGGUUCUCAGCUCCAGAUUACUUGGUUCCUGGUGCAACUAUGGUAUUUAUCAUGAGAGAGAUAUUCAUGUAGUUUCUCCAAACCUGUCUCUUCCAGAAGCAGCCAUGCUUACUUCAGCUCCUAGUGCAGCAUACAGACUAAUAAAAGAUUUUAUUAGUGUAAAACCUGGAGAAACAAUCACACAAAAUGCAGCCAAUAGCCCAUGUGGCCAAUGUGUUAUACAGUUGUGUAAAGAAUGGGGGAUAAAUACUUUUAACAUUGUGCCAAACAGAUGUAACUAUAAUAUAAUAGAUCACCUUUAUCGCAUUGGAGCUACUACCGUCGUCACAUUAGAUGAAGCUGAACAGUUAUCGAGUUUUAAUACAUCCCUAACCCGACCUGUCUUAGCACUAAAUUGUUUGGGUGGAAGAUAUGAGGAUGUGAUGCUCAAACUUCUUGAACGUAAUGGCACAAUUAUUUAUUAUGGAGAUGCUUACUGUUUGCCUUUGGUGAAGCAAUUUCUACGCUACGAUGUAACAUUUACUAAAUUUCACAUAAGGGAUUGGGAUUCGAAAGCAACGCCUGUUGAAAAAGAUAUCAUGUUUAAAGAAAUAAUACAACUCAUGGUGAUAGGAAAGUUUAUUGCACCGUUACACCAACCGCUAGAAUUGAAAAAUUAUGUGUACGCAUUAAAAGGCACAACUGCUUUUGAAUCAGAUGCAUCUUACAGUUAUAUUUUUGAUUUGACUUUGCCUCCCUAA